GUUGAUUUACAAGUUUCUAAGUCUGUGGCUGUUGGUUUGUAGCCUCUAGUUUGAAGCAAGAAAAGAAUGAGUAGUCAGGAACUAGUCACUUUGAAUGUGGGAGGGAAGAUAUUCACAACAAGAUUUUCUACCAUAAAGCAGUUUCCUGCCUCUCGGUUGACAAGAAUGAUAGAUGGCAGAGACCAAGAAUUCAAGAUGGUUGGUGGCCAGAUUUUUGUGGACAGAGAUGGUGUUUUAUUUAGUUUCAUCUUAGAUUUUUUGAGAACUCACCAGCUUUUAUUACCCACUGACUUUUCAGACUAUCAUAGGCUUCAGAGAGAGGCUCUUUUCUAUGAACUGGAUCCUCUGAUUGAUCUCUUAAACCAAGAACACUUGCUACAGCCAAGACCUGCUUUUUUGGAGGUGCAUUUCCUAAGCCGAAACACUCAAGCUUUUUUCAGGGUAUUUGGCUCUUGCAGCAAAACAAUUGAGAUGCUAACUGGGAGGAUUACAGUGUUUAUAGAGCAACCUUCAGCAAUGACCUGGAGUAGUAACUCUUUCCCUCCUCAGAUGACUUUACUUCCACUGCCUCCACAAAGACCUUCUUACCACGACCUGGUUUUCCAGUGUGGCUCUGAGAGCACUACUGAUAACCAAACUGGAGUCAGGUAUGUUUCUAUAAAACCUGAUAAUCGAAAAUUGGCCAAUGGAACUAACGUCCUCGGCUUACUAAUCGACACUUUAUUAAUGGAAGGCUUCCAUCUAGUCAGUGCUAGAACGCUAUCUUCUGAAGACAAAACUGAAUGCUAUAGCUUUGAAAGGAUAAAAAGGCCUGAAGCUUUCACCAUGAACAAAACACUGAAACCAGAGACUACCAGCAUAGCAGAGCAAUCUCAGAAAAAAAAGUGA